GCUCUGCCUGUCGCACUAGCUAUCGCACGGUGUCGGUCUCCUCGCCUGCAACAUGGUCCAGUUCGCCGGAUCCUACCAGUUCGUCUCUGCGGACAACGACGAGGCCCUACUGACGGCGCUGGGAGUAGCCGCGGCGAAGCGGAAGAUAGUGCUGAACCUCAAGCCUGAGGUCAACGUCAGCGUAGACGGCGACCACUGGACCAUCAGCACCGCUAGCGCCAUCCACUCCAGCAAGCGCGAGUUUGACCUGGGUCAGCCACAUCAGUUCACCGCGCAAGAUGGCAGGGCGGUGACCGGAACGGUCACCAAGGAGGGCAACAAACUGGUUGAGACGCAGAGACACGAGCAAGGCCUGGACCUGGAGAUCACGCGCGAGUUCACCGACUCGCAAAUGAUCAUGACCAGCAAGGUCGGCGACGUCGUAUCCGUGAGGGUACAUCAGAGGAAGUAGGCGGGGAGCGGCGGCCACCGCUGCGGUUGCCAACUGGACGCAGCAGGCGAAAACAUCGUCUGUAACUACCGCAAUACAUGCUGCAACAUGAA